AUGUCGCGUAUAAAUGGUCCAAAGAUAAUUUUAUUUUUUCCUUUUUCUUCUUUUUCUCCUUUUUUAUUCUCUUUGCUGCAGCAAAAGUUUAAUCCUUCUUCUUCUUCUUCUCCUGCUGCUGCUGCUGCUGCUGCUGCUCUUAUUGUUACACCACAAAUACUUGCAUGCAGGAUUAGGCAACUUACAGCAGCACAGCAACAACAACAACAGCAGCAGGAGCAGCAGCAGCAAGAGCAAGAGCAGCAACAGGAGCAAGAGAAGCAGGUAGAUAAGCAGCAACAGCAGCAAGAUAAGAAAAAGAAGCAGCAGCAGCAGCAGCAGCAGCAGCAGCAAGGAGUUGAUCCCUUAGAGGAUAUAGAUUUGCUGCAGCAAGUAGCAGCACUGCAGCAAACAUUUCCUUCUCUUCUUGUUGUUGCUGCUGUGUCUCCUUUUGUGUCUCUUUUUGAUUUAACUGCUAGCAGCAGACAGCUCCUGCCUUCUGCUGCUGCUGCUGCUGCUGCUGCUGCUGAUACACCCCCGCCGCUGCUGCCAGCAGCAGCAGCAGCAACAAGGGGACCCUCAAGGUUAUUUCUUAUUCCUCUCUUAAAGAUAGAAGAAGGAACUGAUCUUAUUAAUAUAGGCAGCAAAUAUCUGCAUGCAGCAGCAGCAGCAGCAGCAGCAGCUGCUGCUGCUGCUUCUGCUCCAGAUGCAGCAGCAGCAAUAGCAGCAACAAGAACAGCAGCAGCAGCAGCAGCAAGAGCUACAGAAAUAACAACAGCACCCAGAGGUACACAACUAGCACCUACAACACCAGCAGCAACAGCAGCAGCAGCAGUAGCAGCAUCAGCAUGUGCUGCUGCUGCAGCAGCAGCAACAGCUGCUGCUGCUGCAUGCAUGCGGGGCCCCUUUAAGGAGGUAGCUAUAAGUCUUGGGGCCCUCCGGCUGCAGCAGCCAGCAGCAAAAAUUUUAUUAAUUUUUUUAGGGUGUAGAGCAGCACUAACGACUCCACAGCCUGCUGCUGCUGCUGCUGCUGCUGUUGCUGCUGCUGCUGCAGCAGCAGCAGCAGCAGCAGCAGCACCUGUUGCUCCUGUUCCUGCUGCUGUUGAGGAUGCUGCUGCUGAUGAUGAUGAUGCUGAGGAAGAGGCAGAUGUAACAAUAGCAGCAAAUGGCACAGCAGCAGCAGCAGCAACUGCAGCAACAGCAGCAGCAGCAGCAGCAGAACAGUUGACACCGCAAGAAGACAUGUUUGUAGAGGUAUAUACGCAAGAGACACUUCCUGCUGCUGCUGUUGCUGCUGCUGCUGCUGCUGCUGCAGACGAGGAUGCUGUUGCUGCUGCUCCUGCAUCAACUGCAGCAAGAAGCAGCAAACGCAGCAAACCCUCCACUAACGGCAACCUUAGCGACAGCAGCAGCAGCAGCAGCAACAGCAGCAGCCGGAGCAGCAGCAAGAACAAGAACAUCAGCAGCAGCAGCAGCAGGAGCAGCAGGAAGAAGACACGUCCUUGUGAUUUGCUGCCAGCAAUGGAUAUAUUAGUUAGCGAUUUGCUGCUGCUGUGGGGUGUACAGACAGCUCAUGAGGCAGAAGAGGAAGCAGCAGCAGCAUUAAUUAUAAGAAUUGUUGCUGCUGCAGCAACUGCAGCAGCAGCAGCAGCAGCUAAUAAUCAUAAUGCAGCAGCAGCAACAGGUAAGUUGCUGCCUAGAGGAAAAUUGCGGCGUCUUCUUGUCUCUGCUAAUGAGCAGGCAGAAGCACAAUCUGCUGCUGCUGCUGCUGCUGCUGCUGCACCUGGUGCUGCUGCUGCUGCUGGUGCUGCAGGAGAAGGGGAGACACUAAUGCCUGUGGGGUGUACAGGCAGGUCUGCUGCAGUGCAGCGCUGCUGGCAGCAGCAGCUGCUGCAGCUACCAGGUGUAACAGAGGAAGUUGCAUGCGCUGUUGCUGCUGCUUACCCAACACCUGCUGCUCUAUUUGCCCGUGCUGAGGCAGCAGCAGCAGCAGCAGCAGCAGCAGCAGGAGGUGGCGCUGCUGCUACUGCUGCUGCUGCUGGGGCUGAGGGGUCACUGUUAAAGGAAAUAGCAGCAAUUAGUGUGGGUCCCUGCAGCAGCAGCAGCAGCAGCAGCAGCAGCAGCAGCAGCAGCAGCAGCAGCAACAGCAACAAACGCCGUGUUGGUGUUGCAGCAGCAAAGAAGAUCCUAAGUGUAUUUGGGGUGUAUGGACACCCAGAGGAUAUUAUUAAUUAA